UAGAGGUCUUUGUGAUGUCAUCACACCGCGCCACCGUUCGAUCUUUUUUGUUUUUGGUGAUUAUGUUUGGUCUGAAGCGUCGCUGCCUUUUAAAACAAUUUGUCGGAGCGCAGUAGAUGGUUUGGUUCUUUUUAUAGUGUCCCAAAGUGUUUACGAAGAUGGAGGCCAACGAGGAAAAGACGAGCUCCAUGUCUGCGGCGCAAAGGCGAGCAGAAACACGCAGGAGGAAACUACUCGUCAAUUCCGAGGACCGGAUGAACAGAAUCGUGGGAUUUUCCAAGAAUGAGUCCGAAAACAAGGGGUCACCCCGGCGCCCAGCAGAGCCCCGCUUCCAUUUGGACCUGGACCGGACAGAGGCAUGGUCACCUUCCCAGAGACCCUCCCCCUUCCUGUCGGAGUCUGGCAGCCCCCCAGACCGGAGGGACUCGCCCCUGCCGGACGUGGGCGGGGCCAGCCCGCAGCUGGACGACAACACCCGAGGCGUCCGACCGAGACCCAAGGGGGACCUGGCGUCGGCGGAACCCGGCGGCUCGCCACGCAGGGGCCUCCAGAAGUACUUGUCUCGUUUUGACGACGCCAUGAAACUGAGGGGUCAGCUGGCCAGCGAGAAGCCGGUCCAGGAUGCCGGGUCCGACUGCGAGGAGUUGGACCCUUUCAGGGUUUUCAGGCUAGUCUGCAGCGUCCUCCUUGCGGUUUUCGUCAGGGUGUUUGUCUGCAAGUAUCUGUCAAUAUUUGCUCCGUUCCUCACCCUGGAGCUGGCUUUUAUGGGCCUGUUCAAGUACUUUCCCAAGGUGGAGAAGAAGUCCCAGUCCAGCGUGCUCAGUGCCGCUUUGAUGCUGUCGGGCAUCCCGGGCGAGGUCAUCAAGCGCUCCAUGGACACGUACAGAAGGAUGGGCGACGUCUUCGCCGACCUCUGCGUCUACUUCUUCACCUUCAUCCUCUCCCACCAAGUGCUGCUGCUCGCAGGCUCGGAGACGCCAUCGCCAGCUCAGUGACGCUUCUCGCCACCCGCCACGUUGCCUCCCGUCUCAGCAGCAAGACAUGCGUGCGUAGAUGGUUGUUCUUCCGCGUCUCCCCCAACCCGAUUAUCAUGUCUCGACUAUUAACAUGCAUACCUUUUUUUUGUGAUUGUAUUCAUCUGGGCAGUGCUAAUUGUGUACCAUUCCUUUUCUUCUUCCAAGGUACACAGAGGGUCCACUUUCUGUAGUUCUUCACUUGGAAGGCGUGAAGACAGAAGAAGCAUUGAGUUUUGCACACAUUUGCUUGAUAAUGCAGUGUAACUGAUGACGGGAAUGUACCUUUAAUACCGCCAUACAUGUUUAUUAUGUGCUCUCCUACAUGCCUCUGCUCGUUAAUUUAUUAUUGUGACAAACUUAGUUUCUCAUGUGUUGCAUUCAUCCUGAAUGACAUUUCAUGUUUACAUGGAACUCUUUUCAGUACUUUAUUAUGUACGAACCAAUAAAUAUUUGCGUGACGCGUUG